AUAAGAAUGGACGUAGGAAUGAUCGCACUCCGAAUAAUCGUUUUCUACCCACUUAUGUUAUAUAAAUAUGUGUACGUGUUCGUGAAUACCGCUAUAAAACAAAUGCAAAAUGGGUACGGGAUUGAUUCGGCGUGGUAUAGGUGAAAGAGUAUAUUGUUUUUUAUUACGUCCGCGUUUGAAGUAAUAUCGUCACGAAUUUUUGCGCGCGAAUCUUUUUUCGAAUGCAGUCGCUCGUUUCUUAUUUCUCUAGAGUGCAUAUAACUCUACGGCUCUACGGUGAGAGAGUCUAGAUCGAUUCCGCUCGAACGAAUACGAAAUCCGCGAUUGCUCUAUCCAAAUUCUAAAUUGGAAUAUGGUUGAAAAUGGAAUUGGUUGAAAACGGGCAACAGAACCGAUUCUAAUUUUAUCCUCGACAAAAUACAAUGCCAUUAUAUUAUGAUGACACGUUACGAGUCAAAGGGUUUCGGGACAGAAAUUCGACGUCGAUGACGAGGGACAGGGAGGUUGAGCAAGGCCAUUGAGUAGACUUUUGUCUCUCUUUCUUUUUUUUUUUUUUUUCUUUUUUUUACGAAACAACAAGUAAAUUGUAUGCAGCCAACAACAAUAAUACCGGAUCGUUACGUAAAUCCAAUGUCCUCGCAGAGGGAUGAAUACUGCUAUAUGCUCGUUGCUGCCUACUAUCCCUCCCCGGUUAUAUACGGGGAAAUUACAUAGCGUCAGAAAUUUAAACGCGCGCAUACUUUUCGAUUAAAAUCUAAUUCGAUAACGUUAUAUCGAUUCGCCGUGCGGUUCGGAAAUUAAUAAAACACGGACGACCGCUUACAUGUCACGUCGCGUUGCGUUUCCAGAUUGCAACGUGUUUCGCAUAGUAAUAUCCCCUCUAUUGUGACACGUGUUAGCGUAAUAAUAUCGAGAUCAUGGGUGAAAAUUUCCGUCGUCGUGCACGUCAAUGCACGUUACGUUGUGCACGAAAACAACUUGGCCGGAUUGAGAAAGAUCUAUUAUAACCGUAUCGGUCCGUAACGGCCAUUAAAGCGAACUUCAAAGGGUUACGUCAAAUUGUGUAUUACGUUGCGUUAGAAAUUGAUAGAGAACGAUUUAACGAUUAUUUUCGCACGUUCGUUUCGUUCGAUGUGCACAUAUAUAUAUAUUUUGUGUACGCGAUUCGACAGGCCAAAAUCGCUUCCGUGUUGUCCCUAUUCGUUCGUCGUCGUUAUUUACGAAAUUAUUGAUUAUUGCGCGGGUGCAUCUAGCGCUGGCGACAAUGCGAUCAGCCUGCAUGGUACAUCCACCCCUUGGCAUCGAUCGUCCCGUCCAGAGUUCACCGACCCCUCUCUCUCUCUCUCUCUCUCUUUCCGCUUCGAGACGCGAUACAAUACUUAUAUACUGUCCUCAUUACCACCCUUAUCCACCUAUUAUCUUCGCCAUUCGUUCGCCACUCCGGUUCAGCUACCGGUUCGUCAAAUUUUAACGAGUUUGUUUCACGGAUAUCGAUCGAAACUAGGAAAAUCGAUUCUAUCCACGCCGAUCGACCAGUUUGGAAGGAAAGUUUUAUAUUAUAUAACCGAUUUAUCAACCGAUAUUGUGAAAUAACGAGUUAAUGAUCAAUGAAGGUAAAAGAUUUUAAAGAUAAGGAAAAUGGCGAUGAAUGGGAUUUGGCAGCAUUUAUCAAUCGGUAUUGUAAAAUAACAAGAUGCAUGCCUCGUUAAUGAUUAGUGAAGGUAAAAGCAAAAUUUUAAAGAUGAAGGAAAAUCGAUUCUAUCCAUGCCAUCGAUAUCGAUCCGAUCAAUUUGGAAGAACAGUCAUAUAUUCGUUCAAAUAACCGAAUUAUCAAUCGAUAUUGUAAAAUAGCGAGAUACAAUGCGGCACCGUGGAAAAAUCGAUUCCUAUCAAUAUCGAUCCAAUUAGAAGGAAAGUUUUGUACAUUCGAAUAACCGAUUUAUCAAUCGAUAUCGAUAUUUAUUAUUGUAAAGUAACGAGAUGUAGACAAUUGGUGGUAAGUCGGCAGCACCGUCGAAAAAUCGAUUCUAUCCACGCCAUUAAUGUCGAUCGAUCAGUUUGGAAGGGAAGUUUUGUUCGAACAACCGAUAUCUAUUAUAACAAAAUGUACAUACCGCAAUACAUAGUGGAUAAUUGGAUUAACGAAGGCACGGUUUUAAACAUAAGGAAAAUGGCGGUAAUUGGUGAAUGGGGUUCGGCAGCAUCGGCGAGAAACCGCUUCCGUCCGCGUUCAUCCCGAUAUCGCAGAUACAGAGUCGAACCCUCACGUGGUGGAGAGGACAUGCGCGCACCCUCCGCAAAUCCGCGACAGUAUAUAAGAGAAGACCGCGAAUCUCCAAGUCUCAGUCCGCCCUCGAGAGUGUGCAAAUCACGCGCACACAAAAAUUAGCAACGCAUUAACGACUGUGUGUUUGCGAUCAUAAUCGUACAUCCGAUAUUGCAUAUCCACAUCGUUCUUCGAGGGAAGAAUUCAAAGGGGACAUUCGAACCCCUUAAAUAAAAGAAAAAGGAAAAGAAGGAAAGGAAAAGAAAUCACAGUGUUGAUCAAGAAGAAUCUGAAAGAAGUUCUAUUUCCCUCUCCUGUAACAAUUACGAAGUGUGAAACAAAGUGUUCGAUUCGAAAAAGGGGCGCGUGUUUUUCCUCGUAUCGGAGAGUUUUUUGAUUUCGAAAGAAAGAAAAGAAGGAUCGCAGCGAAAGGAAACGAAAAGAAUCGUGCGAGGAGAACUGAAGCCGACUCGAGUGAGCAAAGAUUUUAAUCAAACGUUGAUACCGGGAAUGGAGGAUACGACGAGGCUCACCGAUCCGGAGGACGAGCGCCGGCGAGAAAACGAGAAGGGGGACGCGAAACGAAGAGCGAGCCCGAACGGCGGCCAAGCGAGAUCGUCGAAGCAAGAGUUCGGGGAUGACGAGUGCAGCACGGACAGCGGGUGCAGCAGCGGGGGGAGUAGCGGAAGCGCGGAGAGACUGUCGCGUCGCGGAAGUAGCGAGCGAUUGUGCCGCGCCGCGAGAUUAUCGAGGACCCACUGCUACUUGGACAGGCUUCGAGGCCGGCCGACCCGGUCCCAGGAGAGGCUCUCCUCGGUGCAAAGAAGCUCGGCGCGUGUUCGUGCCAAGUCCUCCCGCUCGUGGAGCCCGGGGGACGUGAGGGGUGUCGGGAGGACGUCCGAGUCGCUCUCCUACUCCUCGACCCCCUCUGACGCGCACAGCAGCACCGACAGCGACUCGUUGAAAAGAUCGAGCACCGCGGACGCCCUGCGAAGGGCCCUUCAAACGCUCAAGAUAUCCGCGAAAUGGGAGGGGAAGGAGAACAAGCACGCGAAGAAGAGCCCGAAACGGAUACUUCGCAGCCCCGUCGCCUACACGUACGUGAAGGGCCUUUCAGGCCUACCGACCCAGAGGGUUCCAAGGAACGUUGCCCAGCAAUUGGCGAUGCCCUGCUCCUGCCAAAAUUCCGUCGGUAUAUACCGAUAAGAAGGGACGCGAAAUUCCAAUCAAAAAUUCUCGAUACAUGCUCGACCAUGUUCGAUUCUCUCUUUCUCUCUCUCUCUGUCUCGUUCCAUUUUCCUCGCGAACACGGGGAAACACUAUUGGACCAUUUCUUACGAUCUUUUAUUAUCUAUCUCUUCCUGGUUUCUACUAUUUUUUCAAUCGCGGUUGUUUCAAUUCGCCGCCAUUUUUUUAAACCACGACCAAAACGAUUGGAUUGAAAAAUGUGUAUAUACCGACGGACGAUUAAAAGGAGAGGGGGGAAAAAGAAGAAAAGAGAGAGAGAGAAAAAUAAGAGAAAAGCGAUCGUCGAAAAAAUUCGCAAACGUAGCGACGAUGUAUUCUUUUUUAUUGUACAACGUGUUUUGCUUUUUUGGCAAAACGUUCGAGAAACGUUUGCGAAAAUCCGGGAAGAAAGAAAAAGGGGGAGAAAUGCAUUCUUCUCUUCGUCGCGAUUACUUUUCGUCGAUGGCGGCGCGUCUCGCCGAGAAGAGGAGUGCAAGGGGGAAAAAAAAAGAAGAAGAGGAAUGCAAGAGGAAAGUUGCAUCCAUAUUCGUAGAUAGGAGGUACAGCGACGUACCGCGAUUUUAAAUUGUUGGUCUCUUAUUACGUAAGCAAGAUAGAUCACUGUAGACGAGCAACGUAGCCGUGCAACUUAUGUAUGUAUCUUUUGUAGUGCAAAACGAUUAGUACACACGAUAAAAAAAAAGAAAAAACAUGUAUACAAGCGAUACCAAUUAAGUUUAAUACGAAUUCGCCAAUUCAGAGGAUCGAAUGUACGAUCGAUCGACGAUCUUUCUUACAUAGCGUGUAAUUCUUCUUUGUCGAAUUCGCAACGCGCUUCUAUCGAAAUAAUAAAUUUUCGCCGGUUAUUACGCGACAUGUACGAGUCAAUUAAACGAACCAAGACGUCGAGAUCGCGCGAGAUGCCUUUGAGAAAUAUGGACGAAAGGAGGAAUAUAUGGACGAGUGCUCAAGAGUGGAAAAAAGAAAAAAAGGAAGGAGACGAAACGAAAUAUGAAAAACAAAAAAAAAAUGCUCGCGAUCUCGCUCGUAAUCUCUUUAUCGUUUUUAACGUUCGAUCGUGGAUAUUUCAGAUAAAUUGGAAUUAAUCGUUCGUUAAGAGAAUACUUUUUAAAACAUAUCAAUUCGCAUUAACAAAAAUGGUAUCGCAGUUUUCGUCGGCAGCAACCGGUCGGCGGUUUCGGGAUCGGCGAAUUUCGGCCGUUUGUUGCGUCGCCGGUCCCUCCCUCUCCCCCCCUCCCCCCCGGCGCAAUGAACGAGUUCUGGAAGUUUAUUCUUUCGCAAGAUGUGGCGUUUCGUAUGUGGCGAAAAAAGAAAGAAAAAAAGGAACAGAUAGCCAGCGUUCGACCUCGUUCUUUUCAUCGACCGGUUGCGACCGAAUCGAGAACGGAGAGCGAAGGAAGCGCGGACCGAAGGAAAAAUCUUUUUCUCGAAACUUUUCCCGUCGAAAGUUCUCGUUCAACACGUGGCGACCGACGAACGUAUGUAUACGCGAUCUUUCAGUGCCUUGUAAAUAUCUAUCGCGUGCAUUACACGGUAUAUCGCGAAAACAAAUCGGCACAAUAUUGGGAGAGAUGAAACGAUAACGGUAUCUCGCGAGGGAAGGGAGGGUGGGGGGACGAGUAAUAUACGCCUAACGAAAUGCGAAUGCGAUCCUCGAGCCAAAGGAAAAAAAAAAAAAAUAGAGAGACACGAGGAGAAAUGUGCAAGAAUGAUUAAAAAAAAAAAGGAUGCAUAAAGAGAAAUAUGCAUAAUCUCAGGACUGAAUGUUUUAUAUUAAGUAUUACCUAUGUCGAUACUAUUUGUAGUUUACGUUUCAAAUAAACGUUUUUCAUUCAAA